UUUAGAAAAGUGCCCCAGUUGUAGUAACAGCGUAAAAAUACCAAAAGUUUUAGGCAAGGUUGGUUGUUGCAGUGGCAAUCAGAUCCUCUUAACUCGAAAUUGUUCGCAAUCAUUUGAUGUUUUUUUAUGAACAGCUGUCUUGGGACACGCACUUCGCCUAUUAAAGCCUAAUCCACUUACUAAGUUAUUGGUUUUUAAUAAGGCGAGAAUAUUUGUAGAAAAAACUUAAAUAAUUUGACACAUACGAAUAUAUACAUACAUAUGUAUGUAUACAUCAACAGGCAUAAUUAUUUCACUACCUAAUGAAUACAGAUCGAUUAAUUAUUUACAAAAUAAAUACUAUUCGAAACUAAAUUACAUUAAUGUGAGAAAUAAUGCAUCUGUGAUAAAGGAAAGUAAAAAUCGUGCGAUGUGUUUUGUAGCGCUUUCAAUAGGUCGACGAUAACUGGCAUUUUUUUACUUCAAAAAUCUACCUUAUCACUGGUGCGCUACGCUUCGGUUGCAACAACACAAGUGUCAAACUUUCCUUUAUUUCUUUGGAAAUCUCGCAAAUUUUUCUUCGAGCGGGUGUUUAUUGGCAAUAAAUAUCGAAUCAGUUGUGCAAAAAUCAGUGAAAAGGAAAAAUAUCUGCUAACAUUUAUUAUGAAAUCCGAAUAAACAGAAUACAGUGUGAAAAACAAUUUAAUUUCUUUAAAUACCACCAAUUUGGAGUGAUGGGACAAGUGCAAUCAAUUAGCGAUAGUACUAUUCCGGAUACCGUGGACGCCGUACAUAUGCAGGUGGUUCGCCACGCCAAAGUACUUUCUGAAAUCAAUUCUUUAAGCUACGAGGAUUUCAAAGCUUGCUUGGAUAGCUUGAAUGAGCUAUCCCGCAAGUGCAUUGAUCCAAAUGGCAAACAACUCGUAUUCCUUGUGAAACGGGGCACUGAUACCUCUCUGUUGUGGAAAGCCACAGUUAAAAUCGCAUGCAUCAAAGUCGAUCCGGCUACGCGAAAAAUCGAUAGCUAUAAAUUUUUGAACUUGAAACAAUUCCUAUGCGUAUUUCGAACAUUUCAAUCCCAUUUGGAAAGUUUAGUGUCGAGCGAAAAUCAACAGGAUUCACGCCGUAGCUCUCUUUCCCAAACACCCAACGAUGAUGAGACAUCAGGCGCAACUGCGACAGAUGGCCGCAACUUUGUAACAGCCUCACUUCUUAUGGAGAAAGUGAACUCGCUUGUAAACAAUGGUCGUACCUCUAGCAGCGAAACUUCAAGUGGCCUCAACAGUCCGACCUCAUGUUCGCAUUCUGAACACGUUGACGAGUGCUCAAUCUGUUUAGAUAGGCGUACAGAAGUCAUAUUGCCAUGUACGCAUAGCUUUUGUACGCCUUGCAUUGAACAAUGGAAUGUCAAUAAUAAAACGUGUCCUAUUUGUUCAGAGACACUUCUUAGUACAGACGAAACUUGGGUUAUGCCUGAUAUUCCAGGCGUAGAAGAGAUAAAUGAAAUAAUUUGUGCAGAAUUUAUGAAUUUAGCUAAAAACUAAAGAAACAUGCCUGGCCUCCAUGGUUGCUUGGUAGUUAUUUGCCCGUGCUUUGACGAAAAUAAACCUAAGAAACGCACGAGCGACUUCCAGAUUUGAAAGAAAAA